UCCAAACUCGGUCAGCAUCUCCCUCGGCAGGUUUCAGACUCUGUGGGAGGACACCAAGAAAGUUAUUUUUACUUUUUUCAGUUUUCAUUUUCAACAACAAUGACGUUCAGGAGGCUGAAGAAGGUGAACUCCAACGGACCGGACAGCGGUCCCGCAUCUCAAGACGACAUUUAUUUCCCUUCGUCAAAGUCGGACAGCUGCAGGACUAUGGACACACCGAGCAACUCCUCGGAGGUUUACAACUACAAGACCCUGGCUUACUCGGGGGGGACGCUGCCCAGAAACUACAAAAAGGGUGGCGGCUUACAGAAGUGGAAACCCCUUACGCAGACGCCAGAACCACAAAGGAAAGUGGUGGUCCUGGAGAAAAAAGAAGAGGAGGCAUUUGGUUUUGAGAUUCAGACUUACGGUCUUCACCAUCAGGACCAAAACUCUGUAGAGAUGUGUACGUUUGUGUGUAAGGUCCACAAUGACAGCCCGGCUCAGCAAGCAGGACUUAAAGUUGGGGAUACCAUCGCAAGUGUGAACGAGGCCACCGUGGAGGGGUUUCGACACAAGGAAAUCGUUCAGCUCAUCAGAGCCAGUGGGAACUCACUCAGGCUGGAGACGGUUUACAGUGACUCAAUUCGAAAAGCCGAACUAGAGGCCCGGCUGCAGUAUCUAAAGCAAACGCUUCAUGAGAAAUGGGAUGAAUAUCGCUCACUGAUGGUGCAGGAGCAGCGCCUUGUUCAUGGUAUAGUAAUGAGUGACGCUGCCUUGUAUGAGUCCCUGGAGUCAGCCGGUGUGUACGGCAGCCUCGGCGCUCCUAGCCCUGCGCUUCAGAGAGCCCUGCACUGCACAGGCAGCACCAGCAGCAGCGCCAGCUUUCUCAGCACGGCCACCGAGGAUGACCCUCUCUACCAAACCUGCAUAUAUCAGGCGGAUGGCAGCGUGGACUCUGACAGUGCAGAAAAAAAGAAAGAACAGUUACCGAAGCUGCAGCGCCUCCGGCCAACCAGCGAGUUCUUUUCAACGCCCAAGACGCAGCUGACCCGCAGCGCCAGUACUCGCAGCUACGUCAAAGGAUCUUCGUCGUCGUCAUCGUCGUCCGUUCCGGGGGAGAAGCAGGGAGGCACGCUGCAGAGGAAGCCCAAACAGAAAAGCUUCCGCAGACGCCUCCUCAAAUUCAUCCCCGGCUUGAACCGACCACUGGAGGAGGAGGAGAGCAAACUGUGAGCGGCGAACUGUUCACAGAGAGCAGAACUAAAGACUUAAAGUAAUAAUUACUGCCAAACUAAAGUGCCAAAGAAAACAGCAAGCAGCCCCAAAGAGUGAAGAAUGUAAGACCAAAGUGUAUUGGUUCUGUAGUUGCACCUCUUCCUGUUUAAAUGGGUAGACCAAUGGACAUUUAGCUACAUUCAGUAGCAUUCAGUGUUUUAUGGCUGUACAUAAGUUGUUUUUUUCUUUUGUUUGUUCUAAGUUAUUUAUUUAUUUUUGCAUGUUCAGUUUAUGUUCAGAAUGAAGGAUGUCCCAGUUUGUACUGCAUGCACAAGUUUAAUUUUGACAGCUGAAUAAAACACCAAUGAUCAUUGUAAUUGCGUUGCAGAACAUUUUGUAAGAAACAACUUUGAUAAUGACUUCAGAUGACUCAGGCUGAUCAUAUUUUAUCUUCUCUACUCGAGGUCACGGUUCCCAAAAAUAAAACCUGUGGCUGAUGAUUAUAUGCGUAUUAUUUUGUGCAGAACUUGCUUGAAAAGCUAUUUUCCUCCCCAAGCCACAACUGUUUGUGGGAAUUGUAGCUGCCAAGCUUAAAUUAGUGCCAAGACCCCGAGUGUACACACAAUCUGUAAUUUCCCCUGGUGGAGAUGUGCUCUGCUCCAUGUGAUGCUUUUAAAUAUAGUAAGCCUUUAUAAUUUCACAACUCUUCCACCGUUUAAGAAUGUUAUCAGCCGAGUUCUGGAGGUUAGCGUGCGGCUUGGGAUGCUUUAGGCUUUUUUUGUGGUGUGAGAUAUCCAGAAUGGAAGCUGUUGUAUCUGCUCUGACACAGUUUAUUGUUGCGAGAAUAGUGAGGAAUGUGCAGAGAAAGGCAUGACCCAGAAUUCCAAACACAACCGCUUUCUUUCAGCUCCUGCAGGCGAAUGCUGAUUCCUACUCUUCCACACUACCAUAUUCCCAUGGCGGCUUCAGUUGUCCAAAGGCUCGCUGGGUGUUGGGGUGUGUGAGCGUUUGUUGGGCGGGGGUCGCUUGGAGUCUUUUCAUUCCUGGCUCCCAGCUGACCCAUGAGGUCAUGGUGGUCACUCUCUCAUUGGCUCUGUUGGGUUGAUCCCUUUUGUCCUCUGCUGCUCGUUCACAGAUGCAUUAGGAGUGACGAUGCUGGUGAGCGAUGGUAUGUGGACAUGUGUCAAAGCCAGGCUCUCUCAUCCUCGUUUUUCUAGUGAGAAGGAAAAGCAGUGGAAAGGACAUCGUUAUAAAGGAUUGUUAUGCGUGUGUGCUGGUGCUUAAAAUAUGGGGUUGGAGUGAAUGGGCCAAAUGUGUAACGAGGGUUUAAUUAGUCAAGAUAAUUGUUUUUAGUGCACAAUGUGUGGAAGAGCUAUAUAACAGAGAUGUGGGGCCCAAACAAGCAGGGUUCAGUUGAUGCUCAGCAAUUAACACCACAGGAGAUUAGGCUAGGCGUGUGGUUGCUGUUGCAAAUAUUUGCAUGACACCCACAAGCUUAAAGACUGCUGUUGACAUAAAGACUAAGUGGAGAAUUUGUUUUAGCCUUUGCACAAGUGGGUUUGACAGGUUUGCUUCAGUUUCUGCUUCUUUUGCUUCCUGAACUAAUUACUAAUAUACUUAACUGCCAUCUCUACUGUCACAAUAGUUUAUGACAAUUCUUAGUAAGCUGGAUUAUAAAUUUUCUUCCCUUACAAUGUUUAAGUGGAAAAGCAGCUUCAGAAUUGGAAGUAGGUGAUGCAGGUACAUGAAUAAAGAGAAAUUAACA